GGAUUCGAGGGGAAGCGGCGCGGGAGUCAUGUGACUCACCAAGAUGGCGGCCCCCGCGGGGAGGGCGUGCAUGGUGCUCACGCUGUGAAACGAGCGUUUGCUUUGCGCCUGCUUAUCGGGGCGGAGGCGAAUUUUCUUAGUGGCGUUUUGAGGAAUUCGUGUAGGGAUCGGCUUUUGGGGAGGAGGAAGGGAGCGCUAGCUUGCUGCAACGAAGAUGGCGAGUGAGGCUCUCGAUCCUUUCUCGAGAACACAGAGACUCCUGGCACAAGACCGGUCGGAGAUUCUGCGAGAACGGUUUGAGCGGCUUCCAGCAAACGACCAGAGUUUAUUUCGAACAGGAUCCGUCGUCCUUGGGUUAAACUCAAGCUUGUGCGGCUUAAUAGCAAACAACUAUCUGAGGAGAGCCCUGAACAUAACCCAAGCUCGGGUUGCAUCCGCCCUGCCCAUGGCGUUCCUGCCAUUUGUCUCUACUGUGGCUGUUUAUGAAGCUGCCAUUUCCCAACCUUUAAUGCAAGGUGAUCUGAAUUGUGCAGCUUGUGCCUCAGUCAGAGGAGGAUUAAUUGGAGCCUUUAUGGGCUGUCUGUAUCCUGCACUCAUGGCUAUUCCGCUCAAUGGAGGUCUCGCGACUAGGUAUUCCACAGCUCCUUUGCCAGGUAAUGAGAACACGUUCCGGUACUGGAUGAGAGUCUGCAAUCCGGCUUACAGAAAACUGAGAUUUGCGGCAAUCUUGCAAGCUGCGCUGGGAACCUACUUGGGCUCAAAGUAUUAUGAUAUAUAUAUCAAAAUGCUUCAGUUGCCUGAAGCUGGGAGGGAUUCUGAAGAACUCAGUGAUUAAAAUGAGAAUUUUUACAGCUA